CGGCGUAUGUCACUCUACCCGAACGGAAUGAGUGCAAUUCAAAACCAGUGGAUUUGACUUCGCCGCUGAAACCUUCAGGUGUAUCAUGUGGGCACGUGUGGGUCUUCUAGGUUCAGUGGGCCUUGGGUCGAUGUUUUGGUCUCAAAAGAAUAAGACCGAAGUAUCUCCAUACGAGCUUAAAUUAAUCCAAGUUCUAUUCAGACACGGGGCAAGAACCCCACUGAAAUCUAUACCGGAUGUGUUCGAGGCACAAUGGGUCCCUGAGCUACUCGAAGCUCCUGCUCACACUGAAAUGGACUAUAAGGUUACAGACCUACAAGGAGGACCUAGACCCCCAUCUCCAGUGGAGGAAAGCUACAGAGCCAAAAUCUUGACAGGUGGAACUUAUCCAGGUCAGCUGACCACACUGGGCAUGCAACAGCUGUACGAUCUUGGAGUGAAGCUGCGAAAGAGAUACAUAGAGGACGUGCCGUUCCUCACAUCUUCUUUCAGUCCCAAAGAAGUUUACAUUCGCUCAACCAACAUCGUACGGACUAUUGAGUCUGCAAAAUGUUUGGUGGCAGGACUGUUCCAACAGGAACAAGCAGGUGUUGUGCCCAUUCUCACUGAUAAGGCAGAGAACGAGGUCCUCUACCCCAACUAUUAUGGAUGCAAACUGCUUAAGCUGCUAUCUGGUCCUCGCUGGACAGAGUCAUCCACUCUUCCGGACAUCGCCGCAGACCUGCGUAGCAUCCAGAGCGCGUUGGGGGUCGAUCCUCAUCAACACCUCGACUUCAUCCUCAUUAGAGAUGACAUGGUGGCAAGAGAGACUCAUGGCCUGCCAGUUCCUACGGCUCUAGAGCAUUGGAGAAAUACAGUUGAAAAGAGAGCAGUAGAUAUGGUCUGUCACAUCUAUGAGCCCAGUAAGAGGCAGAUUGUCAAGAUGUGUGUGGGUCCUUUUUUUAACAUACUGCUGACCAACAUUGAAGACAAAGUACAGGGAACAACCUCUAACCCAGACAGAAAAUUGUUCCUGUACUCUGUGCAUGACACCACAUUGAUGCCGUGUCUCAUGGCUUUGGGAGUUUUUGACAUGAAAUGGCCUCCUUAUGCUGCUGACAUCACACUGGAGUUGCAUCAGCACCGGCAAACUAAACAGCACUAUGUUAAAGUUUCCUACAUUGGCCAGGAUCAAAAAAUCCCAGGUUGCAGUGACGUGUACUGCCCGCUGAAUGAGUUUAAAGAGGCACUGGCUGUUUACUCUCUACCUGAUGAGCGGUACCAGGCCCUCUGCAACAGUACUGAGGACCAGCUCAAACUGUGAUAUUUUCCUCCAGAAAACACAGAUAUUAUCCAUCAGUGUGAGCUCUUAAAGCCCUCCAAACUGAACAGCAUCAGAUGUCUAACGUAAAUAUUAAAUUGCUGUUAAAAUACAAAGUGGAACUUGAAGCCUUUUUAUCUUUUAUAGGUUAGUACAAUAUGCUAAUAAAUUAUGAUACAAUAAAGACUUCCCUCCCGAGAUGU